UGGAAGUAAUUUGGAGUAGUUGAUGAAUUAUCUAUACUAAACACUCUGAAAGAAGUAGAUUCAAAGAACGAAAACAGUACCAAAGCUUUUUCCUUGUAGUCCAAAUGGACAUAAGAUAACUUUGGCUUAUUUUUACGUGUAAUCGUUGCUAAUAUUCAAGUUCUUUUGGUAAUAGUGGUCGUGGGAACAUUCGUAUUUUGAUGAUUCGUACUGGUUCAUAAUCUUUUCUUCAUUUCAAAAAAGCUUAAACAUGGAAUGAUUUGUUGGCGCCGAAGCGAAGAGAUAAACAUGAAGACUUUGCUAUCGUUGUUAGUCGUUAUAUCCUUUUCGACGAAGGCAUUUGGUGCUGCGCCGUAUUUUACGAACCCCAGUAACUAUCCAACACUCACGGAUGAUUCACCACCCGGUACCCUUUACUAUACGUUUAAGGCAACAGAUCCUGGUGGUAAGGCAAUCACUUACAGUCUUGAAAAUACGAUCACAGACUGGCUUGAAAUCGAGGCAUCUAAUGGAACCACCACAGUCAAGAAAAAGAUAGACAGAGAGGCGAUGUUAUCAAUAAAAAACUUUCAAGUAUAUGCUAUUAACACUGCUAGCGAAAAGGGCCAGUUGAGAGUAAUCCUGCAAUUUAUCGACGUCAAUAAUAAACCACCAAUAAUGACCAACAUACCUAAAACAAUAAACAUCACAGAGAUUACGGCCGUAGACACUGAGCUUUACACUGUUUUGUAUGAAGAUAAGGACGACCAGAUAAACCAACAAACUGAGAUUUUCAUACAUGGUGGAAACGAGGAUCGUGUAUUCCGUAUGGUGAAUAGCGAAGUUUACCUCAACAAGUCAUUAGAUUACGACAAUGGCAAAAGACAAUAUGUACUGAACAUAACAGCUAAAAACACACAGCCACCGAAACCGCAGACUACUGGAACACUAACGAUUAAUGUUCUCAAUGCUGAUGAUUUAGGACUGAACUUUACGAAGAGGUCUUAUAAAGGCGAAGUGAUUAAAGGCUCAGCCAUUGGUACACCAAUUGUACAGGUGGAUGCUUAUGACUUAGACAAACUCGGUGAAAAGGCUGAAUACGGGAUUUUUCCAGAUUCCAACAAAGGCAACCUAUAUAAAAUUGAUAGCAGCACAGGACAGAUAUCAGUCAAUGGACAACUUCAACUUGGAAGUCAAACACUUGUCGUCACGGCGAAGUCCAAGAAGCAUGGAGCAGUUAUUACAUUCGUUACUAUCACUGUUGUUGCUGUUCGAAAUCUAAAAUUUGAUGCAAGUGUUUCGGAGGRGCAGCAGAACGUGGUUGCAAUGGACUUAUCGACUAUCGAAGCCAGCUUUAAUGUGUCAGGAGCCUCAUUCUCCAUUCAAUCUGGUAACACUGGAAAUCAUUUUGUACUUGUUGCAACAGAACUGAAAGUUAGUUCGGUGGCGCUGGACCGAGAAACUAUUCCAAACUACUCGAUCGUAGUCAAGCUAACAAAAAAUACCACAGUUGUAGGAUUGGCUACGAUCAAUAUAAGCGUUGGAGACGUAAACGAUAACUCACCCCACUUUGAGCCUUCGUCCUACAACGUCAGUGUGAACGAAGACUUACCUGUUGGUAGUAAUGUGGUUAAGGUUACAGCGAAUGAUGCUGACUACGGUCUUAAUGGUACAGUCAAGUACGCCAUACUUAAUCAUCAAGAUCUGUUUUCCAUUGAUAACAAUACCGGGCAGGUAACACUGUCAAAAAGUUUGGAUCACGAGAAAACUAUGAGUUACGUGGUAUUGAUUGAAGCCUACGAUGGUGGAAGUCCACCAAGAACCAACUCUACCAACGUUACUAUCAAUAUCUUGGAUAUCAAUGACAACUCACCUUCGGUCUCACAAGCGUUUGUCAGUGUUAAUGUUUAUGAGAAUGCAAAGAUUGGUUUUGAAGUAUCAACUAUUGCCGCAACUGAUGCCGAUGAAGGCCAAAACGCCAAAAUAUCAUACAGUAUUCUAUCAGGUGCAAAAGGACAUUUCGCUAUUGGCCCAAAUACUGGUGUAAUUACCACUUUAGCACAAUUGAGCCACAAACAAAACCCAAAGUACCAGAUUGUUGUUGCCGCUGUGGAUCAAGGGAGCUCACCACGGUCUACUAAUGUGUUUGUGUUGAUAUCGGUUAUUGCUGUCCAAGACAACAACUUUAAGCCAACAUUUAAGACACAAACGUACCUCGGGGGUAUAUACAAAAACACCGAGUUUGGUAAAGAAAUUCUAACAGUUUCUGCCGAAGACGGUGACAGUGGAACCAAUGGUGAGGUAGAGUAUAAGAUUAUCAGUGGUGGAGAGAUGUUUUUCAUGGAUCCUAAGAGCGGUAAGCUUAUGGCCUUAAAAAGCCUUGGUGAUAGCGAAGAACAACAGYAUAGUCUUACGGUUCAAGCAACUGAUAGAGGGUCGUCUCCCAAAGCAUCUGAGCCCAACGCAAGGGUGCAUGUGAUUGUGCUUAAAGAAAGUCACAGUGUUGCAAUCACAGCUGGGGUUAGCAAGGAUUAUCUCUUGACGAACUUGCAGGAGUUUAAAAGCGCUCUCGAUGACUUGACUGAUGGAAAAGCAUUCAUCAAAAGUGUUUCACAAGGAAGUGCCGAGAACACCUCCCUUGUGUUGGUCAACGUUGUUGAUAACAAAGACAGCAAUGAUUUCAAAGAAAAGGACUACGAAUCGAUAGUUGGAACGUUGAGUAGCAAAGAAAAGCAAGAGUUGAUAAACGGACAAUAUGAAAAAUGGCGAAUCCAGUAUGGACGACCUAAAACGUCUGCUCGGACAUCAACAGCCGUUGGAGGAAUGUCUGCUGUUGUUGGUGCAAUGAUAUGUCUAUCCAUAAUGAUUGGCGUUGGUGGUAUUAUUAUGAUCGUCAUACUUAUCAAGAAAAAGCGUGAAAGGCAAAGAGUGCGCAAAGCAGCCCGAGUAACGUUUAAUGAUAAACCACAGUUCAUUGACCCCGUCGGGAAAUCGACAUCCAGAAAGAUAGAGAAUGCCCAGGAAGCCCAAGAGGUCAUUGUUCACAUGGAUGACGAAAGCUCAUCAGAAGUCUCUGAUGAAAUAGAUAACUCAGAACUCAAAUACUACAAUGACGGAUAUGAUGACAACAACGAUGACGAAGAAAGAUCAGAAAAUUUCUACAUGGAUGGCGAUAAUGUCAACUUUAGUACUUUCCUACCUCCUCCCCCGAUGCAUCCACCUCCAGCUGUGCCAAAGUCUGACGAAAGUGAUUCCAGCCACGAAUCACAAGAAGAAUCCAUGUCAACAGAUAACGAAGACGAGGGAAGUGACAAAGGAGAAUACAUGCAGACUGUCUUACCACCUCACCAAGAUUUUGCUGACCCGACCAAUGAUUAUGAAGAGUUGCACCAUUACAACGAGUCGCCAACUCAAUCGGUGACUGACAGCACAACGAAUCUGGUCGAUCCGUCAUCUUAUAAAAGCAGUCUUCUUCACGAUCCUUUGUUCGGAUUUGAGGGAGGAAUGAGGGCAAGUAUUAACAAAGACCUCACUACCGAACUCUAACUGAUUCACAGCGAGACAGGCUUUUGGUCUUGUUAGUUUAGCUUGUCGUCCAAUUGAAACUCGUUUCCAGUAUUUAAGGAUCUUAUCUACCAAGUAGAUGUCUCUAAAAAGUAUUCGAGAUGUUAAGAUACACUGUUUCGACCUAUAGAGGUUCAACUAGGCGAGCAUUCCAUGGCUUCCCAUAAGUCUUUGGUAUGCAUGAAAAGUAUAUUUUCUGUAUUAACGUGUUCUGGUGUUAGCCAUGCUCGUACAAAAAUACGGUGUAUCGUAAUUCCUCUAAUUUCGCAUUUCACGCCAGCCCGGAUCAAGUUCACGAAAAACCUUACGGACCAAUUUUAGGGCCUCGCCGAAAUUCGGGAUUUAAAUUCAUUGAUAUUUUUCACGACAUAAAAUGAAGAACAGACCACUCAGACAAUGUAGUUUGUAGCAAACAGAAACUUCUACUGUUCUCUGCAGUCCUUGUAUUGAUUUGAUGGCUCAGAUGAAAUCACCGUAUAGAUUACAGUCAUGCACGUGAUUUUAUUGAAAAUCGUAGCUGUUUGUUUACAGGAAAUGUUUGUCUACAGGAAAUGUUUCACCCCAUUUCGACAUUAGUGGCGGCCAAUAAAGUUUUGUAACAAAUGUAACCACAAUCUUGAAUACGUUUGUUAAAUAGCCAAAAAAGUUUGAUGUUUUGAUGCAAUAACAAUAUAUACAUAAUAUUUUGCACCGAAUUACGAUUUUAUUUCGAAGUUUGUUCUUUUCAGCCUUAUGCAUACCAUAGUCUGAUAAUGUGGCAGUCGUAUGACUCAAAAAAUGUAUUGUAUAGUGUAGCUUUUAUAAACUAAGAUAUUCGCACGUAUCACUGUGUCAGAGGAGAAAAUAUUUUUAAAACGUACGUCAAUUUUUGAAAUAAACUUCAUCAAAUUUGACUUGGCUUGCA